ACAUAGUGAAGUACCAAGCAACAUUCUUCCGCCUUUAACCUCUUUCCCUUUUAAUUACAAUCUCUUCGGUCCUCAGAUUCUGUACCCUCGUUUUCCUCCACAUCUCAACCAUAACUCUCAUUUUAAAACAUAGAUAGGGUUCAUUUCUGUCUUUUAGUGUCAUGAGAAUAGGAUUUGAACCAUAACCAGAUUUCUUUAUUCAUCUUUAAAUCUCAUUUGCUUUUCCAAAUCUUUAAAUUUCUCUUCUAUACUUCUUGGAUUCUGUUUUACAUUAUAUAAUCCCUUUACACAUCUUCUAUUGUUCACCCACUUGUGCUUUUUCUUAAUCUUUCACCCCACUUGCUUUUAUCCUUGCUUAUAUCUCUAUUUUUUCAUCAGGGCAUCUGGGAUUUCCCCCCUUUUUUGCUUUAUUUUGAUUGAUUUUGUAUUUUCUCCAAUAAUUUUCAUCUGGGUAUUAUUCAAAUUGUUGUACAGAUCCUUAUCUUUUUCUGGGUUUGUUUGUUGUCAAUGGGCGCUUUGGAUGAUGGUCAUUAUGAUGUGGAGCUUAAAAAUACAUUGAAAUUGGGUGUUGAAGAAGAAGAACCAGAAAUUCAGGCUGCUGUUAGAAUUUUGUUGCAAGGUUUGGGUGAAGAUAUCAAUAGGGAAGGCAUUAAAAAGACUCCACUUCGUGUAGCUAAAGCUCUCCGGCAUGCAACUAAAGGUUACAAACAGAAUGCAACAGACAUUGUAGAAGGUGCUUUAUUUCCAGAAGCUGGUCUGAACAACAAUAGAGUUGGCCAUGCUGGAGGAGCUGGGGGUCUGGUCAUUGUUCGUGAUCUUGACCUUUUUUCAUACUGUGAAUCGUGUUUGAUACCUUUCCAGGUGAAAUGUCAUGUUGGUUAUGUUCCAUCUGGGCAGCGGGUUGUCGGCCUUAGCAAGCUUUCUCGUGUCGCCGAUGUCUUUUCUAAGCGCCUCCAGGAUCCACAGCGGCUUGCCGAUGAGAUGUGUUCAGCUUUGCACCAAACCGUCAAGUCAGCUGGUACCGCUGUUAUUCUUCGUUGCCGCCAUUUACAUUUUCCCUCAUUAGAUUCUAUGAUCCUCGACUCAUCUGCCGAUGGGUGGAUCAAAGUUCUAGUAUCGUCAGGUUCUGGAAUUUUCGAAGAUGUAGAUGCUGAUAUCUGGGCCGAGUUUUUUGGUCUUUUGAAAUUAAGAACCUCAAUAGUCGAUAAAAUUCAGAAGAGGAACUCGGCCAAUCAUUGGUGCCCAUCUCAGGCUUCUACCGUGAAUAACCUUCCAUUGAGUGUCGGAAGUGUGAAUUCCGGUAUGAUUAGUGCAGUCACUUCGAUUCUUAAAGCUUUGGGUGAAGACCCACAAAGGAAAGAGCUUACUGGUACUCCCGCUCGCUUCUUGAAGUGGAUGGCUAAUUUUCAGAAUUGUAGAGUCGAUAUGAAACUGAACAACGUCAUUUGCAAUAAAAGGGUACCUCAAAAAUCAAACGGCGAAGUAAAAUACAACACGCGGAUUCAUUCUGAGCUAAGUUUACCAUUUUGGUCGCAGUGUGAACACCAUUUGCUGCCAUUUCAUGGUGUUGUGCAUAUAGGUUACCUUCCGACUGACGGAGUAGACCCAAUUGGAACGCCCUUACUGCAGUCAAUAGUGCACUUCUACGGAUUCAAGCUGCAGGUUCAGGAGCGGCUCACUAGACAGAUCGCUGAAACAAUCGCGCCUCUUCUUGGUGGGGAUGUAAUAGUUGUAGCUGAGGCAAGCCAUAUGUGUAUGAUUGCUCGGGGCAUCGAGAAGUUUGGAAGCAGCACGGCUACAGUUGCAGUUCUCGGUCAAUUUUCAGUUGAUGCUAAGGCUAGGGCAUUGUUUUUGGAAAGCUUACCGAACACUAAAGAUUAUUAAGGAUGACGGUUAUAUGUCGUCGUAUGCUUCAUCUGGGUAUCUCAUUUUUCAAGGCAAGACAAGGCAGGUGCCAUUGCCUAAUGUCAUACAGGUUGAGAAAAUUGUGUUUUUAUCUAUCUGUUUUUUCUUACCUUAUGAAUGUACCUCUUAGAAGAGGAUUUGUAGGGCAGAUGUUAUAUUGUUCUUAUUGAUCAGCCAUUCAACUUCCUUACAGAGAAGUGGAUAUUUACUUUUCAUGAUAGUUUAUACACAUAAUUACACAUAAUAAUUUCAAUGAAAACUGAGCUCAAAAAGACCUUAUCUUCUUUUACA